GAACUCCCUCUUGCACCCGACGUCGACGACUGAAAUCAUGGGCGGCGGCGGACAGUACCCAUACCCGAAAUACGUUUGGUCCCCGACGGGCGGCUGGUGGGGACGGCCCGCGGCCUGGAAAGCCAACACGGCCGUUCUCGGCGUCGCCAUGCUCGGGGCAGCAUACCUCGUCGGCCUCGCUGGUGAGGCGCGCGCGGAGCGCCCCUUCAUAGAUGCGCAGAGAGAAAUCAACAAGCGGGCGCAGGCGAUCAAGGCGAAGGCAGAAGCGGAAGCUCAAGCAGCGUCAUGAUCCUGGCCUUCAUCCCAUCUAUCUAGACUCUGAAUGCAAUACUUCCUGCAUCAUCCGCCGUCCCGGCCCUUCCUCGUGUGUGCCACGGUCUCCGCAGAGGUGCACGAGUCAUGGAUUGCUCUCUCCGAGUGUCUGUGAUUCGCAAAAUUUGAAUCAAGUACUGUAACUCGCUAGCAGUUGUGCCCAAAGCCUCAAGGGCGACUGAUAUGCGCGGUCUUCCAACUCGGCUACUUUCGAUACACAUAGGUAUAGUCUUUAGGCACGAUACGA